GUUCUAUUUAAUGGUCACACUCAAGAGACUAUUCUGUUCUAAAUGACUACCUGCAGAGUCUAACAGCUUCCGCCUCCUUGAAAGCACAGGAUAGGAGGAUGAUCCCUCUAAAGCACCAGUUCUAGCGUUAAUAUAAGAAUGAGUGUAUGGAGAGGCAGGCAACAGCACGAACAGCCACGCUUCUAGAAGGUUCUGAGCAGUGCGCAGGGCAGCGGCAGAGGGAGUGGGAAUGAACAGGCGAAGGACCCGGGGUCACGAGACCGUUGGGUGGGCGGAGCCAGCGGCCAGGGAGGUUCUAGUCUGUUCUGCCUCGCGGCAGCCGCCCCCUUUACGCGGUCACGCUGAAGUAGCGCCCGGGCCUGGAAUCGGGCCGCCGCCUCCGCCGCGCCGCCGCCUCCCGCCACCGCUAGACUAUGGACCCCCGCAAAGUGAGCGAGCUUCGAGCCUUCGUGAAAAUGUGUAAGCAGGACCCCAGCGUUCUGCACACCGAGGAAAUGCGCUUCCUGAGGGAGUGGGUGGAGAGCAUGGGGGGUAAAAUACCACCUGCUGCUCAUAAAACUAAAUUGGAAGAAAAUACCAAGGAAGAAAAAACAGAUAGUAAGAAGGCGGAGGAAAACAUAAAGACAGACGAACCAUCAAGUGAGGAAAGUGAUCUAGAAAUUGACAAUGAAGGUGUGAUUGAACCAGACACUGAUGCACCUCAAGAAAUGGGAGAUGAAAAUGUAGAGAUAACUGAGGAGAUGAUGGAUCAGGCAAAUGAUAAAAAAGUGGCUGCCAUUGAUGCCCUAAAUGAUGGUGAACUACAGAAAGCCAUUGACUUGUUCACAGAUGCCAUCAAGCUAAAUCCUCGUUUGGCUAUUCUGUAUGCCAAGAGAGCCAGUGUCUUCAUCAAAUUACAGAAGCCAAAUGCUGCCAUCCGAGACUGUGACAGAGCUAUUGAAAUAAAUCCUGAUUCAGCUCAGCCAUACAAGUGGCGAGGGAAAGCGCACAGACUUCUGGGCCAUUGGGAAGAAGCUGCCCAUGAUCUUGCCCUUGCCUGUAAGCUGGAUUAUGAUGAAGAUGCUAGUGCAAUGCUGAAGGAAGUUCAACCAAGGGCAGAUUCUUUACCAGCUGAGCUGCCAGAGAAGCCCACUCAUGUCAUCAUUAAGGCCCAGAAAAUUGCUGAACAUCGGAGAAAGUAUGAGCGAAAACGUGAAGAGCGUGAGAUCAAAGAAAGAAUAGAAAGGGUUAAGAAGGCUCGGGAAGAACAUGAGAGAGCCCAGAGGGAGGAAGAAGCCAGAAGACAAUCAGGAUCUCAGUAUGGCUCUUUUCCAGGCGGCUUUCCUGGGGGAAUGCCUGGUAAUUUUCCUGGAGGAAUGCCUGGAAUGGGAGGGGGAAUGCCAGGAAUGCCUGGCCUCAAUGAAAUUCUUAGUGAUCCCGAGGUCCUUGCAGCCAUGCAGGAUCCAGAAGUUAUGGUGGCCUUCCAGGAUGUGGCCCAGAACCCAGCAAAUAUGUCAAAAUAUCAGAGCAACCCAAAGGUUAUGAAUCUCAUCAGUAAAUUGUCAGCCAAAUUUGGAGGUCAAGCAUAAUGCGCUUCUGACAUAAAGCCCUGCUGGAGGAAAAGCAACUUAGAUCACCUAAUGGAUGUUGCAAUAAUACAAACCAGUGUACCUCUGACCUUCUCAUGAAGAAAGCUGGGGUGCUUUGAAGAUAAUCCCUACCCCUUUGCCCCAGAUGCAGCUGAAAACAUUUUACAGCGGUUUGCCAUUAGGGUAUUCAUUCAGAUAAUGUUUUCUUACUAGAAAUUUAAAACUUUAAGCAAUUUUUAAACCUUAAAAAUAUUUAAAAAGGUGUAUUAACCCCUACAUUUUUCUUUACUAAUGAUUUUUAUUUUUUCCUUUGAAUUAAUUAGGCAAGUAAGAUACAUCAGUGUGGAAGAUUUAUUGUUCCAAGUUUGAGUGAAAUAAAGAUUUGUUAGUGGGAGACAAAUACAACAUUUAAAUAGAUAAAGUUUGAAUUGGACAUAUGGUUACUGAGGCAUUUUGAUUUGUCUUUUUAAUUGCUUUGUUGUUACUAUCUUAAAUGAUUUGCUUCUGGAACUCUUGGGAUCACCAGUAUUGCAGUAGGGCCUGGGGAGGGACUGGAAGUACUUGGCAGGGCAGUAGCCAUCAUACUACAUUUUAUAUCACAUGUCCCCUUGCGCACAUGCAGUUAAAUCUUACACUGGUGGAGGGAUGGUUUUUAUAAUGCUGCAGUAAAAUUGCAUUACUUAGCUCUGUUCUUGUCUGAUACCUAAAAUAAAUGUUUCGUAUUUCCACAUAGGGGAAAUAAGGGAAUGUUUUCCUUUUUGUAUUUCUGUGUUUAAAAAUGUCCUUUUCACAUCAGAAAAUGCCCAAUUUGUCUGCUUUUUCUGCUCGUUUUCAGUUUUUUCUUCCUAAAGAUGGUCCUCUUUGACUAACAUCAUUGCUAUCAUCAUUCAUAGCAUAAUUGUGCAGGCAUAUUUAAUGCUGGGUUUAAUAUUUAAUACAAACAGUGACUAUGUAGGGUAAUACCCGUAAUAGCUUCAGUUUCUUACUUGGCAAAGAGAUUUCAUAUUUAAGUGUUAGAUUUUCUCUUUGGUGAAAUCGUAACAUAUCAAAGGACCUUGAAAGAAGGGAUUCCCUUUGAUGUCUGGUCUCCUACUUAGGAAAUACCUAUUGCAGUUUGAGUUUAUCUUGUAGUAGUAAUCUUUGGAGAGUUUUGAAUUAAUUGAUACACAAAGAGGAAACUUGACUUCCUAAUCACUAAAGAAUUAACAAGAUUCACGAUGAUUCUUCAUUGUGGAGUUGUCAGCAUUGUGAAAGAUUCAUUGUUCUGUUCAGUUUUUAAAUACUGCAACUCUCUUUACUCCCCUUUCCUCUCUUCCAAGGAUAAAGAAAAUGAUUUUCUGUUGUACAUCCAAUUCUUACAUUACAUGAGACUUAAGUCCAAGCACUGUUAACAAGAAUUGCUAGGUUUCUAUUUAGCUAUCUUUCAAUUUAAAGUGCCAGUGUUGAACAGAAAUUUCAAGGGAUGAGACCCCCUAUACUUUGAGGAAUCAGUGGUAGGAGCAGUGAUGUAAAUUCCAUGGAACACAUUGAAAUCAUAAGUUAAUUCAGGUUCUCACCCUUUGCUGUAUACAAGCAAAUAGAAAUGCAUCAGUGAAGUGAGAAAAAACUAUGCUGAUUGAGCAUGCAUUUUAAACCCUUUAGAAAUACUCAGCAUAUACACCUUAAUGAGCUUGCUGAUGCUCCUUUUGUUAAUGUGUGUUCUCCAUUCUCAAAAUUUCCAGUGUGUGCUGUGAGUACCUCAGGACCAGCUACUGCUGGAUUUUUUAUUUGAUUUAUACAUUACCUAAGUGUGUUCUAACAUAAGUGCGUAAAAGUAAAAUUGUUUUUCUGAAAAUGUAAUCCUGUGCUUUUAGAUUUCUAGGUUAAUAUAAAGUACGUACUUUGUUUCAGUAGGAACUCAACAUCAUCAUUUCUAAACCAGAAAUGUCCUUUUCUUGUGCCAAUGAUGCUAUAUAAAAAGGAAAAGUAAAGGAAUUUUUUUCUGCUUAAAAAUACAUAGUUACUGGAUAUUUCUAGCUACAUUA